AUGGACGCUCUGCGCCGGGUUGGUUGCCCAAACAGCAGUCAAGAGCAUCGAAAGGGGAAUGAGUAUUUAGGUGAUGCGGCGGUGAGGUACGCCCGCCGCGGGUUCCCGGAUCAGAUGUGCUUCGGCGAGUGCUGCGCCGAUGCGCGCCAGGUUUUGCAGCACCUUCAAUUUUUGUACCAAGUGAAUGGUGUGGUUGAGUAUGGUAAACAUGAUUAUAGUGGGGAAGGGAGUACUGCCUUCCCGGCGUUGUUGUCUUUUUUCUUUUUAAUGAUUUUUUUCGUCCUUUGUUUUCUGCCAGUUUGGGUCUCACGUAGAUCUGACGACCGCAAACACCGUGCGUUUAGUAUUUGGAUGCAGGGUAAAGUAUUCCAGUUCUCGGCUUUUGGAGAGCGUAAGGGUUGCUUUGCGCCCUUACAGUGGAAACUGUCAAAACGAAGGAGGCUGAACUGA